GGAGAACGCAAAACUGUAGGACACGUGUCAAUUGAGAAACACGUGUCAAGUUCAUGCUGCCAGCUGUCUUUAGUGGCUCUAUAAGUAUGCAACGUAGACAAACACACGAGAAAUGCGACGGUUCGGAAAAGAAAAAUCAGAAAAACAAAAACAUUUUCAAAAGCCAAACUCAGAAGAAACUGUUUUCUCUUUAUUGAUCAAAAUGGUGACCGCUAUGCAACUAACAAGAACAUCUUUCUUUGGUCUCUUCAGAGCUUUUUCUAUAAGCCGAGCUCCUCCGAGACCUCUUGCGGUGGUGGUUGGACGGAAAAGCUCUCGUGUCUUUUUCGCCUCAUCGGUUAAUGACCAUUCUAAGGGAAGAAAUGAUCCGGUAGAGAAGGCGAGAGAUUCAAGGGCUGAUUUAGCUUAUGAUUCAAAGAAAUGGAGAGAAGAAUCUGGAGAGUACCCGGAAGCUGGCAAAGAGAAAGCCUUUGACAUGAAAGACAAGACCAAAGAUUAUGCAGAGCAAACUAAGGAUAAAGUGAAUGAAGGAGCGAGAAGGGCAGCUGAUAAAGCCUACGAGGCAAAAGAGAAGGCUAAGGACAAAGCUUAUGAUGCGAAAGAAAAGACCAAAGAUUAUGCGGAAGAGACCAAGGAGAAAGUGAACGAAGGAGCGAGCAGAGCAGCUGAUAAAGCCUACGAGGCUAAAGAGAAGGCCAAGGACAAAGCCUAUGAUAUGAAAGAAAAGACCAAAGAUUAUGCGGAAGAGACUAAGGAUAAAGUGAAUGAAGGAGCGAGCAGGGUAGCUGAUAAAGCCUACGAGACAAAAGAGAAGGCUAAGGACAAAGCUUAUGAUGUGAAAGAAAAGAGCAAAGAUUAUGCCGAAGAGAGCAAGGAGAGGGCAGAGGAUAUGACUCAUGGGUUGAAGGAAAAGGCUCAAGAUGUCGGGGAGAAGACUGUAGAGACUGUGAAAGAUGCGUGGGAGGCUGCAAAGAACACGGCUCAGAAGGUUACAGAGGCGGUGGUUGGGUCUGGUGAGGAGGAGGAUAGGGCCCGGGAUGAUGUUAACAAGGGCCUGAAAGAUUUAUCGCAAAAGGCAAAGGAGACUCGAAAAGAAGAUGAUGAUGUCAAGAGGUUCUAAGUUCCACUAAAAUGUUGUUUUUCUUACUAGUAAACAUAUGUUGCUCUCUGUGUUAAAAAAAAAUGUUUUGCUUCAAUACUUUUGACAGCAAGUUACAGUCACUCUUCCAGGUUGACUGUUAGUAAAUGUUCACUUCAUACAUAAGGUGGAGCAAUGUUUCAGAAGCUUGAGAGCUUCAUGUUAGGUUGAAGCAACAUAGGAACAUAAGAAGAUAAACACUCCCUCCUUUUUUACCAUGUAAAAGGUAUCAGUAAUUUUACCUCAAAAAAAUAAUAUUAAGAAAUUUAU